UGUCAUUAAUGUAGAAAUGUUUUAAAAGCAUUAUAACAUUAAUUUCAACAAAAUGGCUACAUAAUUUACUUUGAAAGGUCAUUUUAUCAAUGUAUUCAAGAUGGCGCAUUGAUAGACGGAGUUCUGUCCCCUUAAGUCUGGAAGAUGAGAAAAGCCAACAUAAUAAAUCAAUUCACAUAUCUUCAUACAAGAGAAGAUGGAUUCUACAGUACCAGUUACUGUGAACACGGCUCAUGAGAUGAUGAGUGAUCUCAGUGAGCCGAGUUCUCCAGAAAGUGAGAUGUAUGACACGUCGGAGCUACUUGGUAGUGUCAGUGAUGAUGUAACCAAUCAGCUCGCAGCUGCAGGUCCAGUAGGGGUAGCAGCAGCAGCAGCAGUAUUAUCUACAAGGAAGAGAAAACAUCCACACCAUUUUGAAACCAACCCAGCUAGGCGGAAAAGACAACAGACAAGAUUAUUGAGGAAGUUGCGACACACCAUUGAAGAGUAUUCAACAAGAGUUGGGCAGCAAGCAGUAGUCUUAUGUUGUACGCCAAAUGUUAGCCAGUCCAUGCAAAUGUAUAAAGUAUUCGGCUCACAACCAUUAGAAAAUGUGGUUCGGAACAACAAACAGCAAAUUUUACAAGACCUUGAGCAGUCACUGCAAGAACAAACGCCACCAACCCAACAAGACAACUCUGGAUUACAUGAGUUACCACCCCUCGUUAUAGAUGGGAUACCGACCCAAGUAGAUAAAAUGACACAAGCACAGUUGAGAAAUUUCAUCCCAGAAAUGUUAAAGUAUUCAACAGGUCGAAGUAAGCCUGGCUGGGGAAGGACAGAAAGCCGUCCUGUUUGGUGGCCAAGUGAUUUACCGUGGGCAAAUGUACGAAGUGAUGUUCGUACUGAAGAAGAUAAGAAAAGGGUACCUUGGACGGAAGCGUUGCGUCAAAUUGUCAAAAACUGUUACAUGCAUCAUGGACGCCAAGACCUGUUACAAGUUUUCAAAGAUGAGCCAGUGUCAAGUGUAACAGUUCAGACGCAGCAGCCGUUUGCUGGUACCAUGAUGCAGACUAUAAAUAACCCAGACGGUUCCGUGUCAAUUAUACAAAUAGACCCUGGACCAAACAGAGUAUUAAGUCUACCAGAAAUCGGUCAAAACCAAGUGGUUACACUUCCAGAUGGUACACAGGCUACAGUAGUUCACGCAAUCCAAGACACAAGUCUCCAACAACAACAACAACAGCAACCUCAGCAGGAGGUCCAGAUCUCACAGAACUUGCCACAGUUUGCUGAGAUAAGUGCCAAUGGUAACCAGGUGGUCAGUACACAAGAACUGAGCGUGGUCACAGGUUCUCAGCAGGCGGCUAUCAGUGCACUGCAAGCAUCCAUCAACAGUGCAGGCCAGAUCAUUUUGACCGGAGCUGAUGCUUCGCAACUUGGUGGCAUAAUGACAGUGUUGCCUGUAUCAAUGUAUCAACCAGUACAAACUGUUCAGCAGAUACCUGCAAAUUUAAAUUUCCAACUACAACAACCAGCCAAUCAGGCGGUGGAGAUCCCCAUGGUAACUGUUGCCGGGGGUGAUGCAGCCUCAGCUUCAUUACAAGGAGAAGAUAACUCUAGUAUGGAAGUGAAAGAAGAGACAAGUUUAGAAGAAGGUUCAGUAGAAGACAGUGGACAGUUGAAUAUGCAAGAUACUGAUGAUACUUCUCCUUCAGAACUACAAAUUUUGCCCUGAAAAUACCUUUUAACGUGUGCUAAAGACCACCUUGGUCUCUAAAAGACCACAUGUUUCAUUUCUCAUUUAAACACACAUACAGCAUGUUAACCUGUGAAUAAAGACCACCUGCAGAUGAUAAAGAUCAUAUUUUAGCUCUCUCAGUGGAGGUCUAUAUCAACAGGUAUUACUGUAAUGACCUAUUUAUGCUUAGAAUGUUCAGAAAGACAUGAAUCAUGGAUGACUCUUGUAAGCCAGAACCUCUUUGAUGUAGAAACAUCUCCAUGCUGUAGAAUUUUCAUGGUCUGGAAUAUGUUUCCACUGUUCAAAAAGUAAUCUCUAGCCUGGAAAUCUCUCAAGCACUAGUUUUUCCUUUGGCUUAGAGGCUUUUCUAUAUAGUUGUUCUGUACAUUUUUUCAGUAUUUUAUCAGCAGUAUCACUAUUUUAUGCCAAUAAGCUAAGGUUACACAGAGCUCUGUAACAUUACUGAAAUUAUGUUGAAAAAUGGUGCUGUAAUCUGGAUCAGCCAAAAACAUGUUGAUUCAUUCAUACCAGUAAAACUAAACUUUAAAUGAAGUAAAAUAUGCUUAUAUUCAGUUCUGUGAAAGUUUUAAUCAGAAUUUUAUUUUGAUAUAUUGUAAAUUUUACAAAGUUAGGUCGUAGCUAUAGAGAUUUACAUUAUGAUUAUUCGUAAAUGACAGGGGUCUAGCUAGGUCCAAUUUUUUGGGAGAAGCUUCUCCCUCCAGCUGAUUUAGGGAGAAGUGGGGAGACUUCAGGGAGAAAUGGGAAGACUUUUCCUACCGCAAUGCUGUUGAGUGAUACAAAAGGUGGCUGUAACUUUCUUGUUUCUAUAUAAAAAACAUUGAAGUGACCAUUCAUUUUCUUAGUAAUAGGUCAUUUCCCAUACAGUGGUUAUUGUUCCAUUACAAAAUUCUGAAAAAAAGUCGUUUUCAAAAUUCAAGCCGAUGCUGUUAAUCUAACCCACCAAUUUUUCAUGAUUAUUUAUUAUUAACACUGAGCCGCCACCUCGGUGAACAAUAUCUCGCUCAUAUAAAACUGAAAGUAAACUGUGUAAACUAGAAAUACAUAUUCAAAUCAAUUCAUCGAUGGAAGUCAAUUUAACGUAGUUAAUACAUUACAUGUCAUUCUUUUAUCAUAGAUAACAAAUAGAUUACAAAUAAUUGUGUACAAAAUUCCAAUUAAUCGCAUGGAUAAUCAGCAAUUUCUUUAUAAACGCAAAGUGUCAAAGACGCAACCGCUAAUUAUGCUAUCGGUGUGUGUCUCUGUGUAUUCAACACUCAUUUAGACACCAUGCAAAUUGUCAAGGUAAUUAGCAAAUGCGGAUAUCAAAGAAAAUCGGGCGACUUGCAUUUCGCUUUGAGGUUAGUUUUGAGCGAAGUUUGAAGUUCCAAAAUGCCUAUUUCGCUCAAGUCGCCCACUCGCGAGAGCCCUGAAUGAGAUAUGAAUUCCAGUUGUCAGACAUGUGAAUUUCUUAUAACAUUUCAUAUUAGUAAAAUUGAAGGCAGUGGCUAGAGAACCGGAAUCCAUUUCCUAGACUGCGAACUUAUUCGUCCGGAACCAGUUCUCUAAGCAAAAUACUGUGCAUAGGCUUUGAGAUUCAGUCUUUGCAAAAGCCAUAAAUUUUUCCAUAAAAGUAGUGAACAUUAUUGUUUUCAUAGGGACAAAUUUACAUGAAUUAUCCAAAAAAGACAUAAUUAGCAAAAAAAAUAAUCCCACACACAUAUGAUUUUAAGGUUAUUUGACAGAACAAGUGUCAUGUCAUCAGUAUUAUCAUUAAAUUUGAAAAAUGAAGAAUUUAAUUUUUGUAGUCUUUUUAAGAAGUAUAAUGUUCUUUUUUUUCUGAGAGUCCUUUUUACAUACCUUUUAUCCCCAGGUAGUGGUGCAGGAAGAUAUCUUAUUUUAACUACUGUAUUCCAAAUGAAUUUUAUCCCAUCUAGUUACACAGAAAUGUUUGGAAAUCAGUCAGAAUUUCUGCAUUGAUAAAUCAUGAUUAAAUCUGAUAUGUUUCUUAUGACCAGACUGCAUCAAAACUGCUACUGGAUGUCAGUAAAUCAUAUAUCACUUAUAAUUAGUUGAGUUUUAGCAUGACAUCCAUGGCAGAUAAAUUUCUCAUGAUUGUAUACACUGAAAAUUCAUGUAACAUGCACAUUCAUAAAAAUAACAAAGGCUAUUCCUUCAACUGCAUGGAUACAUAAAUUGUUAAUGAUUAAAGCCAUGGUUGAAAAUCAUGCUAAGAACCAGUUAUUCAAGAUUUUUCAACACCAUGAUUAAUCAGCACAUUUCUCUAGUACAGUACCAGUAAUUGUAGUGUUUAGAUGUUUGUGGUAAUAUUUUCCCUGAAUUGGCAGUUUUAUUUUGCCAAACCUUUUACUGUGUACUGUUUGGGAGAUUAUAAGGAUCCUACCUGCAUGUCUGUGUAAGACAGGUUUUUCCCUACCAAAGGGACUGUGGAAUGAAAAAUGGAGCAUUAGCGAGGUUUUUUUUAUCAAAGCUGUCCGGAGGGAUGGGAAAAAAGCUACCUUACACAGGCAGACAUGUUAGAUCAUUUUUCUUGCCUAUCACAUUCAAAAAAGAUUGUGGUGACAAAUAUAUUUGGGUAUUUCCAGCAUUAUUUUAGUAGUUUGUGGCAGUACUAUGUGACGUCACCUAUGUGCACGCUAUUUUAGACAAGUUUUUUCCCUAGGGAAAGACAGGAAUUGCUAUCCCUGGCACGUUCUCAGACAAAUGGAUACUUUCCCUGCUAGGUAGGCAAGAAAAGCAAUAUGAAUAUAUUUAUUCUUAUACAUGUAUGAACCAAUUACUUAAAAAGAACACACUUAUUUAAUUUACUGUUAAAUUAUUGUCAGACCUAUAGCCUUGUUCACCCAUAUCAGGUAUAAAAAAAUGAAAUUGUUAAUAAUGAUGUGCUGAACUGAUACCAAUCCUAAUUGUUCAAUGCUAUGGAGUAAUCAGUAUUAAAUCAUAAUGUUUAAAUAAUGUUUGUUUGCCGUAAAACCCAAAUAAAUAAAUAAAUAAUGUUUGUUCAUCAUGUGACUCUCAUAAGUUAACUUGAAACAUUAUUGUGCAGUUUUUAGACAGUGACAUCAUAUUGUGUAUAAGUAAUUUCAUGAUGUUUUUUUUUCAAUACAUGAUGUCAGAGUUACCAGCUGAAGAAAUAUUGGCAUACCUUGUCUUAGCAGAUCUUUUUUUUUUUGUCAUUUUAUUGUAUAUAAAACAAAGCUUUGGCUGAUUGUAAAAUACAAUGUCCUUGUUUUACAUGCUUUAUUAAAGGGUAUUUUCACACAGAAAUUACAAGUGAAAAAUUAAACAUGGAAUUUAGAAAUCAGUCAUUGAAGAUACAGUAACUUAUAAAAUGGCACUUCAUAGUCAAUGGAAUCUAUUUUGGGAACCUAUGACAUCUGCUUUCUUUCCUUAUAUGGGCAUUACCAUAUAAGGUAAAUUCAUGACAGUCAACUGAACUAAUCGUGUUUCUCUGAACCUAGAAUAAACAAAAAUAUAUAUUAAAAAAAGAAUUGAAAUGAAAUCAUGUAAUUAAUAAUACUUUAAACAUUUUCUCCGUAAUUGCCAUAAUCUGUUAUGAUCAUAUGAGCAACGGCUGAUGAUGUCACUGUUCCCAGAAUGGCUGCCAUCAUGUUAUAUGGGUACAAAUGUACUAAUCAAAUAAUAUGCUUUUCUUUUCUUUUUUUCUUUGUUUAGAUUGAUGUACACAGAAAAAAGCUGUUUCUUUCAGUUUUAUGCCAGAAAAGCUGUCAAGUCAAUGCUUGUAGACCCAUAUUGCAAGUAUAUUCUGCCUUUGAAAUUUUGAAUGCAGUAUUUAACAUGUAUUUGCAAUUUCUUUCUUGAUUUCAAAUGCUUUCAUUUUGUUAUAAUACAUGAUAUCAAUUAUUUUUGUUAUACUGUUAGUUUGAUGCUUAAAUAAUCAAUAGUUUGGUGCAGUGUGUUCUACAUACAAAAAUAUAUCAAUCUGAAUUUGCUGCCACAAAGGAAUACAAGGUUGCAUAGUACUGCAUGGUAAACAUUUAUUGAAUGGCUUGCCAAUUAAUAGUCAAAACUACUAGCUUUGGGUCCAAAGGACCAAUAGCUAAUUGUUAUGACUAUUGACAAGGAAGCCAGUUGAUGUGUUUUAUUACAUGGCAUAAGAAAUAAAUUCACAAGAUUUUUUGUCAAGUUUUGACUGUUGUUGACUUGGUGUAUAAUAAGUCAUAUAAUUAUAUUUAUUAUAAAACAUUGCUUUGUUGA